GACCCGCUGGCGCAGACUUCUCGGGCGGACUGAGGACGCCCACCGCUCGGGGCCGUCCCUGUGCUUGCCUUCAGCGCCCGCUCAGCCCGCCGUCCGCGCCCCAGUGCCGGGCCCGACGCCCGCAUCCCGCCCGUGUCCAGGCGCAGAGCUCCCGCCCCGGGGAGCUUCCCGGCCGUCGGCUGACCCCGCGGCCCGCGCACUCGGCGCCCUGCUCGCCGGGCAGAGGGGAAGGCGGCGGCGGCCGGCUAGGUAUGGGCGGCCCGGCUGCGCCGAGGGGCGCCGGGGGGCUCCGCGCGCUGCUGCUGGCGCUGGUGGUCGCGGGGAUCCCCGCGGGCGCCUACAACCUCGACCCGCAGCGUCCGGUGCACUUCCAGGGCCCCGCCGACUCGUUCUUCGGCUACGCGGUUCUGGAGCAUUUCCACGACAACACGCGCUGGGUCCUUGUGGGUGCACCAAAGGCAGAUUCCAAAUACAGCCCUUCAGUGAAGUCUCCUGGGGCUGUGUUUAAGUGCCGUGUUCACACCAACCCUGACCGGAGAUGCACCGAACUGGACAUGGCUCGAGGGAAGAAUCGGGGCACGUCCUGCGGAAGACCUGGCGGGAGACCCGACGAUGAGUGGAUGGGUGAGCCUGGCCCGGCAGCCGAAGGGCUGAUGGCCGCCUGUGCUCAUCGCUGGAAGAACAUCUACUAUGAAGCUGACCACAUCCUACCCCAUGGCUUCUGCUACAUCAUCCCUUCCAACCUCCAGGCCAAAGGCAGGACGCUGAUCCCUUGCUAUGAAGAGUAUAAGAAGAAGUACGGAGAGGAACACGGCUCCUGCCAGGCUGGGAUAGCGGGCUUCUUCACCGAGGAGCUGGUGGUGAUGGGUGCCCCAGGGUCAUUUUAUUGGGCUGGAACCGUCAAAGUGCUGAACCUUACUGACAACACGUACUUAAAACUGAACGAUGAAGUGAUCAUGAACAGGCGGUACACCUACCUGGGCUACGCAGUGACCGCUGGCCACUUCUCUCACGCGUCCACCACUGAUGUGGUAGGAGGUGCCCCACAGGACAAAGGCAUCGGCAAGGUUUAUAUUUUCAGAGCUGACCGAAGAUCAGGCACCUUAAUUAAGAUCUUUCAAGCAUCAGGUAAAAAGAUGGGCUCUUACUUCGGCUCCUCCUUGUGCGCAGUUGACCUGAAUGGGGACGGCCUCUCUGACCUGCUGGUGGGGGCCCCCAUGUUUUCUGAGAUCAGGGACGAGGGACAGGUCACUGUCUACAUCAACAGAGGAAAUGGAGCCCUCGAGGAGCAGCUGGCUCUGACCGGGGAUGGCGCCUACAAUGCGCACUUUGGAGAAAGCAUUGCCAGCCUGGACGAUCUGGAUGACGAUGGGUUCCCGGAUGUGGCCAUUGGUGCACCCAAGGAGGACGACUUCACAGGGGCGGUCUAUAUCUAUCACGGUGAUGCCAGUGGGAUAGUCCCGCAGUACUCAAUGAAACUGUCUGGGCGGAAGAUAAAUCCAGUGCUCCGGAUGUUUGGUCAGUCCAUAUCGGGAGGCAUUGAUAUGGAUGGAAAUGGCUAUCCUGAUGUCACUGUUGGAGCCUUCAUGUCCGACAGCGUGGUUCUCCUCAGAGCAAGGCCUGUCAUUACGAUGGAUGUCGCCAUCUUCCUCCCGGGCUCCAUCAACAUCACGGCGCCUCAGUGUCAUGACGGACAGCAGCCUGUGAACUGCCUGAACGUCACCACCUGCUUCAGCUUCCAUGGCAAACACGUUCCAGGAGAGAUUGGCCUGAAUUAUGUUCUGACGGCUGACGUGGCCAAAAAGGAGAAGGGCCAGCUGCCCAGGGUCUACUUUGUGCUUCUGGGAGAGACCGUGGGUCAGGUCACAGAGAAGCUGCAGCUGACUUACAUGGAGGAGACGUGUCGUCACUACGUGGCCCAUGUGAAGCGGAGGGUGCAGGACGUCAUCAGCCCAAUCGUGUUUGAAGCAGCCUACAGCCUCGGUGAGCACGUGACUGGAGAAGAGGAGAGGGAACUGCCGCCUCUGACACCAGUUCUCCGCUGGAAAAAGGGACAAAAGAUUGCCCAAAAGAAUCAGACUGUUUUUGAAAGGAAUUGCCAUUCAGAGGACUGUGCCGCGGACCUGCAGCUUCGGGGUAAACUGCUGCUCUCUAGUAUGGAUGAGAAAACCCUGUAUCUCGCUUUGGGGGCUGUGAAGAACAUCUCCCUAAACAUCUCUAUCUCCAACCUCGGGGAUGAUGCCUAUGACGCCAACGUGUCCUUCAAUGUUUCCCGGGAGCUCUUCUUCAUCAACAUGUGGCAGAAGGAGGAGAUGGGCAUCUCCUGUGAGCUGCUGGAAUCGGACUUCCUCAAAUGCAGCGUGGGAUUUCCUUUCAUGAGGUCAAAGUCAAAGUAUGAAUUCAGCGUGAUCUUUGAUACAAGCCACCUGUCUGGGGAAGAGGAAGUUCUCAGCUUCAUUGUUACUGCUCAGAGUGGCAACAUGGAGCGCUCUGAAUCCCUGCAUGACAACACCCUCGUGCUAAUGGUGCCGCUGAUGCACGAGGUGGACACGUCCAUCACUGGAAUCAUGUCUCCAACCUCCUUUGUGUAUGGUGAGUCCGUGGAUGCAGCCAACUUCAUUCAGCUGGAUGACCUGGAGUGUCACUUUCAGCCCAUCAAUAUCACUCUUCAGGUCUACAACACUGGCCCGAGCACCCUUCCAGGGUCAUCUGUCAGCAUCUCUUUCCCUAAUCGACUCUCAUCUGGUGGUGCAGAGAUGUUUCAUGUCCAGGAAAUGGUGGUGGGCCAACAGAAAGGAAACUGCUCUUUCCAGAAAAACCCAACUCCCUGCAUCAUCCCUCAAGAACAAGAAAAUAUCUUCCACACAAUAUUUGCUUUUUUCACAAAGUCUGGAAGAAAAGUCUUGGACUGUGAAAAACCAGGAAUUUCUUGCCUAACAGCACACUGUAACUUUAGUGCUCUUGCUAAAGAAGAAAGCCGUACUAUAGACAUUUACAUGCUGCUGAACACAGAAAUACUGAAAAAGGACAGUUCAUCUGUCAUCCAGUUCAUGUCCCGCGCCAAGGUGAAGGUGGAUCCUGCCCUAAGAGUGGUGGAAAUAGCUCAUGGGAACCCAGAAGAGGUGACGGUGGUCUUCGAGGCCCUGCACAAUCUGGAGCCCCGUGGCUACGUCGUGGGCUGGAUCAUCGCCAUCAGUUUGUUGGUGGGAAUCCUCAUCUUCCUGCUGCUGGCUGUGUUGCUCUGGAAGAUGGGCUUCUUUCGCCGAAGGUACAAAGAAAUUAUCGAAGCUGAGAAGAACCGGAAAGAGAAUGAAGACAGUUGGGACUGGGUCCAGAAAAACCAGUGAGCUGCCACACCAGUCACAUGACCUGAUCACUAGCCUGUCAUCCUUGAUCUUUGUAUCUUCCAUAUUUGGAAGAAAAAAAUCUUCUCCAGAUUUUUCGGAGGCCCCACUGAUGCUGUUCUCUUCUUCAUUCUAUCAAGCCCAGGUGCCAGCCUGAGGCAGCCACUUCGGCCAGGUCACACGACCGGGGCCAGCACCACUUCCUUUAAAGAUGAACUCUGAACUUUGGAGAGUGAGCUUCAGAGCCGAGCAAUAUUUAUGGAUGCAACAUGCAUGGUCAACCCUCAGGGGAAAACUGUUACCUAAAGUAUUUUUUAUAAAUAUAAGCCUUUUAUACUGAUUAUGUCUUUAUAUUUGUAUCGAUGUUUUAUUAUUUCUAUUAAAUAGUUAUAUAAUUCACUCAAGCACUGAUAUCUGGCCUAAAAUCUUGGAAGUACAUAUCCAUGAAUACAAAUUUUAAAGGAUGAAAAUCUUACUGUACUUUGGAACUUGCUGUUUAAAAAGACUUACAGAUCAAAUAAGUUGAAGAAACCUCACGUAAUGAAUCCACCAGGCUGGCAGUGGUGCAUAUAAACUGUGGAUGUGGCAAGACCCCUAAGAACAUUUCACAUCUUUAUUGCCUCGAUGAAGUGUGGAGUCACGUGCUAACGUGUGCUAAAGAACUGUAAGUGUCUUUUCAUAUGUACUUCUCAUUGGAAGAUUCCCAACAAGAAUUUGGAUGGAAAACCUGAUCCCUAGCAAGAAAUCUGCUCUGUAUCACCUUUAUAUAGCAGACGUGUCACCCUCCUUCUACACAGAUGAUGGAUGAAAGCUUGGAGCAAUGCCAUGUGGUCAUCUGGUAAACCUCAGAAUGGUGUCUCAUCCUGGACGUCCUACAUCAGAGUUCACACACCACAAAGACUAAAUCAUUGUCCCCUAAGCAAAGAAUUGGGUCUGAACGCUGUGAGGGAUUGCCUUUUUUUGGUCAUUUUCGUUGAGAGAUCUUCAUUUCCCCUACCACCCUGGCUGUCCCAGCUAGUGGUGAGUGCAGAUUCUAUCCCAGAGAGGACCAUUUAACCAUUUUUUUAAAAAAUGUCUUAGGUUGGGUUUCCAAGAAGCAGUCCCUGAAACAAGGAUUUGUGUGUAAGUAAGUUAUUAAGGAAGUAUUCCCAGGGGAUACCAGUAAGGGAGUGGGGGAAGCAGGACAAGGAAGGAGAGAAAGCCAGGCAAAGGUUUGUCAUUUCAGGGAGAGCUCCAUGGACUUUAGCCUCAGCCUGAUCAGGGGAAUUCCGGAGGGAAAGUUAGGCCUCGGAGGUGUCCCAACCUGAAUCAAGGGGCUGGCUGUACCCAGAGGAGGUGUAAACAUUCUGUUCUCGAUUCCUACUGGCAUAAUGGCUCCAGUAGCUCAGGGCAGUCCGCUAAAGGAAGACCACAGGUGCAUCCUCAGCCUAGGGAAACACAGGUAAAUGAUGCAAAAGAAAUGAUGCAAAGGGGUCUGAGCAGAGCACGGCCCCUCCCCACCCCCUGCAUGUGUGAGAGUUGAGUUAUGGCCUUCAGUAUCCAAGCUCUCUGUUUGACAGUAGAUAUAUUGUCAGAUGCACUGUGCUGCCUAGUUUUGAGUGCAGUGUGAUUUUCUGAAAGGGCAGUAAGGUGAUGGAUGUAGCAUGCUCAGCACUGACCUGGCCCAGAGUGAUCACACAAUAACUGUUAGCAACUAUGGCUGCUGUUCCUGCUGAUGGAUAACCAUCUAAUAAGACAGGAAACAUGGGGCUAAGAGCAGGGUCUAACAGAGUCUUAAUGGCUUAUGACAGCCUGCCAAAGUGCCAGCUACAUACACAUGGCAUCCAGUGGGGAUGAAACAAUCUAUAAAACCAAGGAUCUCUCUUAUAGCACCUUUUUUAACUGGAAGCUAACAUGUUGGGAGUCUGUGAACAUUGUCAAAAGGACACCAAACUCAACUUCUGGGAAGACAGAUUUUUAAUACACAUACUUGGCUAAUACUCACAAACAUAUCUAAAGUUUUGGCAAAAUUAUGAGGGUGAUGGGUGGGUACUAACCUGGCAUGGAGCAGGUGUGUCUUUCGGUCUCUUCUUAUUAUGCAGUUGACUCUGCUGCAGGGAGGUUACAAAUGUAACCUCAUGCUUCUCUUCCUGGUGAACAUGGAAAUAGACCAAAAAAACCAAGGGUCAAUGGCAUGAACCAAGCUGAUCCUAGAAAUCAGGGAUGUUGCAUCCAACUGUGGGAUGAAGGCACAGAGGUAGCUACAGGGAGCAGGAUGAGGCAAAGAAACCAACUCUCACUCAGAGUUCACUUAUGAGUUUUAUCAAAAGCAGUAAGAAAAGCAGUCUUGAGUGGGUUUUAGUCACUGAUUAACAGCCAUUUCUGAGGCCCCUGCUGUGUGUCAGGCACUGCGCAAGGUGCUGGAGGUUCCCCAGAGAACACUUCAGGGACAUUUUGCCUCAGGGUGGCAAAAUGCAAUGGUGUGUGAGACGUGGACUUUUUGAAUGGGACGCCAUUUGCAGCUUUCCUUUGAUGGACUCUUGUUCAUAAUGCCAUGUUUUCUUUAAUGAAGCAUUUAGGAUUCUUAGGUGAUAUUCCUGGAACAGCACCAUCAACAGCUUUGGCCACAUGCACUUAGAGCAACUAAGUUGUCUCCUGCCAGGGGUAUAGGUGUGUUGGUGACAGUGUAGAAGGGUGACUCACAGGCCCAUGUUUUGCCCGCCAGCAAAUCCCCGCUUGAGAAGGGCAGACUCCUGUGGGCAGUCUCAGAGCCAGGACCUAUUUGCUUCUGCUUGAUUCUGCAUGGGUGGACCCACAUGAGGAGCUGUAUACCCAGGAGGUCACUAAGACUUUAUAAAGGCAGGUUUUAAGAAAACCAGCCUUGGCGUCACCAUGAGCAGAUACUGAAAGCCUCCUCAGGAAACUGUCUGGGGAAGGAUGAUGCCUCUGCUGGUCUGAUCAUGCUUAGUAGCAGGUGGGGCUACAGGGACUGGGGAGUUAACCAUUUUGCGCAGUGAUAGAGAAGUUAAGCAUAUCAUUAGCGCUCUCUCAAUUUGGGCAGUUCACAAGCUCCUUCCCAGCUCAGAAGCCCUCUCUAUGCUCUCAGGGGAAGCAGAUGGGGUGGACUGCUGUGUCUGUUACCCCUCCAGAAUAUGAUUUGAAAAUUCUACAGUACGUUCUACUUUCACCCCUUCCUGCUUCCAUGGGUUCACUGUGGAAUCCUAUAAGAUACUCUCCUGAGCAGUAUUAUUUCAGUUUCCUUCAGCUUUUAGUUGAAUCUUCAAUGUGGUUUUAACCAACUGUUCAGAGAACUGAAAUGCUUUUUAAAUAUGACAAAGGACCUUUGUAAAAAUUGAGUAAAACAGUGCCCCUUUUUUAAAACAAGUUUUGCUUCUGCUCAAUGUACAUAGGACCCAGGAGAGUCUGGAACAUCCGCCACAUGAGCUGUAGAGCUGUCACAAAGAAGAGGCCGUGAAGUUUAGAAACAAGGGGACACUAGCAGGAGGGGCAGGGUCCACUGGCUUAGUGGCAACUGACAGGCAUCCAUUCCGAAUCACUCGGCCCUGAGGUUUCCUCAGGCAGUUCUUCAGGAAACCUCUGUCAGCAUCGUGGGUACUCAGAGGUGUGGGAGACUUUGUAGAAGAUCCAAUAGGAAGUCCUCCUUCACCAAAUCAUGUCGCUACUGCCCUUGAGCCAAACGCAAUGAGGUUUAAAACAAAAACCCAACAGCACUCCUGGGAAUGUCCUGUUUUCCAUGCGGAAGCAGAGCAGAUCCCCAAACGAUCCGCGUGCUGUAUGCUACCUGUGGAACCCUAGCAUGGUGGCUUUUUGAAAGGUUAUGACUUAUUUUUGGGCAAGGCAUUAUGGCCAGGUGCUUGCAGUUAUGUCUGGGUUACGUGUGAAACGUACAUCUGGUGAACUGUAUACUUGGCUCAAACGUCUCAAAAUUUAGAGGUGCUGGAAAGGAUUGUCACUUGGAGCCUUUAGUAGACAAAAGGCAGAAAGUGAGCAUCAUUUCAGAAAUGCUUUAGUAUGCACACUUUUAGUUGAUAUUUUGAUAUGUAUAGAGUAACAAUAUACACAGUGGAGAAUAUUUUCUGAAACACAGAAUGGCUGAAGGGAGAACACAGAGCCAAUAGGGCCAAAAUGAAACUUCUGGGAUGUCUUCUGAAUUUUCAGCACAUGGGGGGAAUAAGUGAACACAUUUCCCAACAUGGUGCAAUGCUUUAUAGCACAAUGAUCUAGGUUUCAGACUGUGUUAAGGUUUUUUUGGUUGAUGUUGUUGUUUUAAUUCUAAUGUGCACGGUGUGACUGGCAGAGUGAGUUUAAAAGCUUUACGAGUGAUUUAAUUGCAUGGCAGGCACCCACGCUAUCUGCACUUCCAGAACUUUACUGAUGCAUCCAUGUACAUUUCCACUGAGGAAUUUUGGUGGGUGGGGGGAGGGUGUACUGCCUCACAAUGUCACGUGUAUUAAAGUCUAAGCAAUCACUUCUGAUUCACUUGCACUGUUUGGGAAAUGUCAGGUUUACAAAAACAUACAUGUUUGGAAUAAAAAAUGGCUGCAAAUGA